GACUAAGGCACUCACUUGGUAACUCUGCCAUAUUCCCGAUCUUCCCCUCCCUCGCUACCCCUCCCCCUUGAGCCACCCCCGUGUUCCCCUCCACCACCCUUGAGCCCUUCCCCGCCCCCAGACGCCCACCCUUGGGCUCCUUUUCCUGCGAGAUCGCAGAGGUGGCGCGCAGCAGCCCGACGAGCCCAUGACGGAACCCUGCCUCCGGCUUUCAAUGCCUCAGCAGAAGACCCCCAAAGGCUGGCGAGAGGAGGGCUGCGGCUGGACAUCCUCCCGGCGACGCUGCUCGGACCUGGUGCUCCUGGUGGAUGAGACUGGCGACUGAGCGAGCCCCUGACGCCGCCUUCGCUGUCGCCUGCCCAGCUGCUGCCGUCGAUCCGGACCGGCCCCCGCCCUGCGCCUGCUGCCGCUGCCCGGCCCAGAGCGGGUCCCGGCUUCGGGCGCCCCGGGGCUCGCCCCGCGCCUGCCGCCGCCCGCGCGCCUACUGCCCGCCGCGUCCUCCUGACAGCUGCGGCGGCGGCGAUGAUGCAGAGGAGGAGGGCGCUGCCGGCGGCGGUGCUCAUGGUGGCGAUCGGCGCCCGGGUGUGAUGCGAGCGUCAUGGUGGAGAUGCUGGCUUCGCGGCGGUGAGAGAGCAAAGGAGGGCGAGAGGCAGCCAAGGGCGGAAGGCAGACCAGUUCCGAUCGCUUUCUUCCCUCUCUCGCUUCACCCCACUGUAUUUUGCCCGUGGUUUGCGUAUUUACAGUCUCUGGACUCCAUCCUUUCCCUCCCACCGAAGUCUCCCGUUUCUAGAUGGAAGUAGUGGAGAUCGGAGCCUCUGGUGUAACGCACAGACAUGAUCUAUGGACGCCGUUUGUUUCACCUUAUAGCAAGUUUAAUCAUCCUCCAUUCUUCUGGAGCAACCAAGAAAGGAACAGAAAAACAAAUCACUUCGGAAACUCAGAAGUCGGUGCAGUGUGGAACCUGGACAAAGCAUGCAGACGGAGGUGUCUUCACUUCUCCCAACUAUCCCAGCAAAUAUCCCCCUGACCGAGAGUGUGUCUACAUCAUAGAAGCUGCCCCAAGGCAGUGCAUUGAACUCUACUUUGAUGAAAAGUACUCCAUCGAACCAUCCUGGGAGUGUAAAUUUGAUCACAUUGAAGUUCGAGAUGGACCUUUUGGCUUUUCUCCAAUAAUUGGACGGUUCUGUGGACAACAGAAUCCACCUGUAAUAAAAUCCAGUGGAAGAUUUCUGUGGAUUAAAUUUUUUGCUGACGGUGAGCUAGAGUCCAUGGGAUUCUCAGCUCGAUAUAAUUUCACACCUGAUCCUGACUUUAAGGACCUUGGAGUUUUGAAACCAUUGCCAGCGUGUGAGUUUGAGAUGGGCGGCCCUGAAGGAAUUGUGGAGUCCGUUCAGAUUCUGAAGGAGGGCAAAGCUUCUGCCAGUGAAGCCGUGGAUUGCAAGUGGUACAUCCGGGCCCCGCCACGAUCCAAGAUUUACUUACGUUUCUUGGACUAUGAGAUGCAGAAUUCAAAUGAGUGCAAACGGAACUUUGUGGCAGUGUAUGACGGAAGCAGCUCCGUGGAGGACUUGAAGGCCAAGUUCUGCAGCACGGUGGCCAAUGACGUGAUGCUGCGAACGGGCCUGGGCGUGAUCCGCAUGUGGGCAGACGAGGGCAGCCGGAACAGCAGGUUCCAGAUGCUCUUCACAUCCUUUCAAGAACCUCCCUGUGAAGGCAACACGUUCUUCUGCCACAGUAACAUGUGUAUUAACAACACACUGGUCUGCAACGGGCUCCAGAACUGCGUGUAUCCCUGGGAUGAAAAUCACUGUAAAGAAAAGAGGAAAACCAGCCUGCUGGAUCAGCUGACCAACACCAGUGGGACGGUCAUUGGCGUGACUUCCUGCAUUGUGAUCAUCCUUAUUAUCAUUUCUGUCAUUGUACAGAUCAAACAGCCUCGUAAAAAAUACGUCCAAAGGAAGUCAGACUUUGACCAGACCGUUUUCCAGGAGGUGUUUGAGCCUCCUCACUAUGAGUUAUGCACACUCAGAGGAACUGGAGCAACAGCUGACUUUGCAGAUGUGGCAGAAGACUUUGAAAAUUACCACAAACUGCGGAGAUCCUCUUCCAAAUGCAUCCAUGACCAUCACUGUGGAUCCCAGCUGUCCAGCACAAAGGGCAGCCGCAGUAACCUCAGCACAAGGGACGCCUCCAUCCUGGCAGAGAUACCCACGCAGCCAGUCAAGCCCCUCAUUCCACCCGUGAACAGAAGGAACAUCCUGGUCAUGAAACACAACUAUUCUCAAGACGCGGCGGAUGCCUGUGACAUCGACGAGAUCGAGGAGGUGCCCACCACCAGCCACAGGCUAUCCAGACACGAGAAAUCCGUCCAGCGGUUCUGCCUCAUUGGGUCUCUAAGCAAACAUGAAUCUGAAUACAACACAACUAGGGUCUAAAACGAAAUUCAAGCUAAUCUCCUCCAAACUCCUCAAGCCUACCAACUGUUCUUGAAUUAGGAGAACGCAUCCCAUGCUCUGUAUGACCUUACUAAGUUGGUGUUUGUUGCAUUUUUUUUUUCCAUUGGGAGAAACUGUUUUAACUGUGCUUUAUUUUCAGAGAAGAACUAUUUAUACACACUUGGGGCUGUGAAAAGAAAAUUCUGUAGUGAAUUGUGAAAAGUGGACAUAUUUCUAAAUUCAUUCCACUGCCUUUAUCCAAACUUAAGAGUUACAGACAUGUGUUAUUCCUUCGGCAAGACACCCCUGCUGCACAAUGGCGUGUCCAUUUCCUAAUUUGGUUGCUGAUCACCAAGUGCUCCUUAGGUUUAAAUACAUUCGGAGAUGUGUGGAAACUUGAAGAAGAGAUUAGUCCCUGAUUAAGGCUACCCCAGCUUUAUUUUUACUGUCAGUUUCAUGUUUGUUUCUGUGUUGUUCAUGUCUUUGUUACAUGACUGUACCUGUGUGAUCUGUGGGGAAAAACCCACAACUUUGGGUGAACCUUGUGUUACAUGUACACUGUUUUCAUUAUAUAGACUGCUUGAGAAUAGUGCGUUCCUGCGGGAUUUUGAACAAGCUGCAAUGAAAAUUGGAAAUGUGGAUGAUGGCAACACCAGCUAGAGGUUCAAUGGACUGUACACACCUGUUGUUUUAUUAUAAUGAAAUUCAGUAAAAUCUAGAUUGCAAUAAGACAAAUAUCUGCCCCACCUCUGUCUUUCUUUGUCUCCCUCCUUAUCGUUCUAUGUACCCCUGAUUUCCGUUUUGUUUUUAUCAAGGAAAAAUAUUGAGUUUCAUAAAUGGGUUUUUGAAAUCAGGUAUUUUACCAUUCAAACUCUACAACAGAAUUUUGUUUGAUUAAGCACUUAGCAAUAUGACUGAAUUGAAAGUUUGAGAAAAUACCCUGCAUGUCCGUACUGGAUAUUUAGGUUGGAAAAUGCCCUCUUUAUUAGACACAUUGUAAAAAGCAUGCAUUCUCAAAUAUUGCUGUUACUCCUCCAUUUCUUUGUGUCAUAUGCUUGCUACUUGUAACUUUUAUAUAAAUAUAUAUAUAUAAAGUGUAUAAUAAUUUCCUAAUUUGAGUUAAGAGAGAUGUUUUCUUCUAUUGUGAUAAAAAGCAGAGUUUCAAGAGUACACGAUUUAUUAGUCUAAUCUCUCCCCGUUGCUAGAUUACAGGAUGUCACUUAAUAUUGAGGUUUGCUUUCCUAAGUAUUUUAUUUCUAACAUCUUAUGAAUAUUUUCUCCUCUCAUAUUAAAAGAGUUUUUCUAAGUCAAUCCUUCCAAAUCAUAGACCUUUCUUAUGACUAAACUAACCAUUUCUGAGUUACUCUCUUACCUAUACACACACAUACCUGAAUGCUUAAUGGUUAUCAUCAGUUUAAUAGAGAAAAAUUAAAGCACACAUAACAUGCAGAAGUUCUGUUGAAUUAUAUGUAUCCCCAUGAACACAGAGUAAAUACCUUUUCAAAUAAAAAAGUCUACUCUUAGAAAAGUUAUUUUUAAAACUAUAGUUACAUGACAUCUUCUUACUAUCUUCAAAAUAGCCAGGUUCUCAAGAAUAAAAUAAUCAGGACCUUCAAGUACCAGAGAAAUCUGGUUCACUACAAUUAUUUUGCCAGCAGCCUCUACAAUCUAAACGGAUAUUUUGUGUCAUUUGUCCUUAAUAGGAAGCCAACCUAGUAUGUAUUAAAGUAUAAACAAAAGAAAACAUCAGCAAGUAAAUGGAGAUAAAGUAAAGUGUAAUAGAAAAGUUGACUAAAGAAUUACACAAUUCUUGAGUAUUGAAAAUACAAUCAACUUGUCCACGUAGUACUUUUGGCACAAGGACAUAAGCGUCAGGUGGCCUACAUGUAAUCCCAGCUCGCUAAAGACAGAGAGGGAACGACACGCACACAGGCAGACACAGAUAGCACACAAAGACACACAUGUGUGAAAAGUAAUAAUCAUUCACCUGAAUUAAUCUGACAAAUUGUCCAAUAAGAAAAUGGAGCGACGUGAGUACUAUCUUUCUUUAGCACGAUACAUACUUUACAGAUAUCACUUACUGUAAAAUUCACCUUUUUCUGUCUGACUCACCAAAUUAUUCGUUACCACAUGUAACUGUGUGCCCAUUAAUUCAAAGCCGACAUUCUAAGAUUAUCACAUAAAUUAGUUCCCCGUAUUUUGCAUUAUUUCAUCUCUUUAGGAACCCUCAUCACACAUUAUCAUCUUUGAAUGAAUAAUCUCAGUGUCACAGUGUGUGUCAUUACACAACAAUGAAGCCAAGAAGAUAAAUUGGUGCAGAAGUCACCAUGCACCUGUCCUGCAGUUUACAGAAUUUUCCAGCUCUUUCCAGAUCUAAACAGGCCACUCAUCUGCCCAUUCUCUGCUUAAAGGAACUUGUACUCCCAGUCCACUGAACAGGCACCUUUUGACAUCAAACUGAUUUAAGAAUGGAUGGUUUAUAUAUUUGACAUAUAAUAACUCUGUGGGAAAAUGGCCUCCCUUAGAAGACGGGCCUCCUCAUGGUUAACUAACUGGCAGGUGUUGGUGGAGCAGGCCAGGAAGCGCCAGCAUUCCUGCCCAGAGCCCUGGAGACCUGGGAUUCUCCCCUUUGGAGUGAGAGGUCAGCAAAGCUAUCAGAAAUCCUUACAGGUGCCUCUAUAAAACCCAUUAUGGAGAUUUGUCAGUAUUAAAAAUUAUUUUUAAAUCAGACUUUAUCCCUUUAAUAUUGGACAGUCUUGAAAAUUGGGUGACACUUGCAAUGGAAGGAAACUCAAACAGGGUUAGCAGGUAACAAUAUUUUAUUCACAAAGCAAAUUAAAAUAACCUAGCAUAAGAAGAGCUGUAUUGACUCAAUGAGGUGUUUUCAGAUCCUUCACUAUGUAAAUUUGGUGAAGCUGAUGGUUUGGGUUCAGCUCUUGGAAGCUUGGUGUCCGACCAUGUUUUCAUUUCAUGAUGACUUGAGUUAAGAUUUGUGCUUCUGCCUAAGUGCUGAUGUUCUGACUUUGAAAUCUGAACUUUUCUCAACCUGUUUAUAUACACAUGCAGAUUUUCUGCAUCACUUCACAAAACAGACAUGCGUUUGAUUUCUCACAGCUUACUUUAGUCAGAUAAUUAAAAUGUGCUAUAAACAUAAUUGGAGAUCACUGUCACACAUUCUUUAAAUGAGAAUCAACCCUGUGCCAGAGAUGCUGCUUUUUUUUUUCCCUUGUUUUUGUCCUGUUAAAAAUAUUUCAGGGCAUUAACUGCAUUAAAAAUUCUGCUUCCCAAUAUUUUAAGUUUGGUCUUCCGCAUCAUGUAAAUAUUCUCUUGAACUUUGCAUUAGCUCCUUCUAUAUUUUCCCACAAAAAGUCAAGGGUUCCUCUCCUGUUACACAUUUUGACCCUUUCAUUUUAAAAUCAAAAAUGGAUUUCCCAGAGCUCACAAUAUUAAAACAAAGUGAACACUAUCAUUCUGAGUCUCAUCAACUUGGGAGAGCAACAAAAAACAACACAUCUGUGUUUGAUAGUGAAAUAAGUGGUGCCACCUAGCUUGAAUGAUAGCAAUUCCCAUUCUGGAGGAAAGUGAAAUAAAUGAAUUGUAUAAAAUUUGUGUGUUAUCUUUAAUGGGAUAUGACAUGGACAGUGAGUUUUUAAGUUGCCUAAUGAGCCUAAAAGUUGGCUGCUCUGCAUACUUUCCUCCAAUAAACAAUUUCUGUUAGUCAAAGCACUGUGUGAAAGAUGCACCAAGAAAUAAUUAGAUAGGUAAAAGAAUACAAUAAAUGGAACCUAAGUUAAUUAGUAAUUCCUUAUUUCUUUAAGUUAACAUUCCCUUUAUCCCUUUUAAACAUUGGAGAAAGAAAAAUACAUGGCAAAAAUAAAAAGACAUUUUUUAUCAUGAAUUCAGUCAGCUCAAUAAAUCCAAAGCAACUUUUAAUUAAGAAUUAUAACUAUCCAUUCUGUUAAAACUUCAGAUUAUUCUAAAAUUAAUUAUGUUAUAUUAUUGGAAUAAAUACAGCAGAGAAACAAAGACAAGAAAUAUAUGUAACCAAUGUCAAACACGCAAUUCCCCACUUUCCCUGGGGCAGCGGGUUGUGUGUUUUCUGUUCUUUCCUAAAGAGGGAAGCUCUCUUCUGACAAACCUUCAUUUCCUUCCAUUAGGAAAAAAAAAAUAAAUGCCGCCUUCAUCAUGCCUCUGUCAUGUGCUUGGAGAAUUUAAGAAGUUCUGUAUUCACGGGAGCCAGUGUGAUAUACAGUCACUUUUCUUGUUGGCAAUCAUGAUAAUUGUGCAUCGAGCAUAUUCUCUGUCUCCAUCAGCUUUUUCUCUUCCACUGCCAUAUCCCAGUGAGUCACCGAGAAAUUGUUUGGAGGGUUCUCUUUAGUAGCCACUGACACUCAGACAAAUAUUACAACUGACCAGGAGGUCUUGUGUGUAAGUUAUUUAAAAUAAAAUAUUCCUUUACAGCAUACUAUUAAACUUGGACUAUUUACUCAGUUUCCAUUGAUUUAAACUUUAUAUCAACAUUGCUUGGUGGUUUUUUUUUCUUUUCAUUUCCUUUUUCUUUUUUUGGUCUGUGCAUUGUGUACAUCAAAACCUCUUCUUCAGUGCACUGGAGAUGAAAAUAAUGAUGGAAAUUGGUGGAGGAAUGGUGCUUAGAACUACAGAAGAGACUUUUGUUCACACUUUUUUCCCCAUGUGACCCAUCUUGAAAUACUAAUUAGAUUUUCCUGAGUCCCUAUCAUCUACAGAAUACAAAGCAUAAUUGACUGUUGAACAAAUACAGUAUAGAUCAUGUUGUAUGAUGAAGAAGUGCAAAUUUGAAAUAUGAGUAUUUUCUUGAGGGCACCAAAAGUGCCCUGUGAAGCACAGGCUUCCUAAGAAGAUGGUGAAGAUCAUUGCCACGCAGUACAGGGAAACAUGUAUGUUUAGAGUAAUUAGUUCAUAUACAGGCCUAGGGACCAUUUACUUGAAUUGGAUGGUAAGUACUGAAGGGUUACAGAAAACAUACUGCAGCCAGUACCUGGAGCCAACUCUGCACACUGAGUGCUUGCCCAGGAAUUCGCACUUUGCUCAAAGAUCUUGAUCUUGGUAUAGUUUGGGAAAGGUAUGAAUGGAGUCUUCUCUGCAAACAGUAUGUGUACUAAGCAGACCAGAGAAAUAAAACAUUAAAGAUAACAGAUUGUUGGAGGGUUCUACUUAUUUUCUACAAAAUGUUAUUUCCAUGCUUAUGGUUAAUGAGAAAAUAUGAUUAAGGAUCACAUGACAAAGUCCAUUCUGAGUGAUUCACGUGGAGUCUUUUCCUUGGUCACGAGAAAGGUGGUUCUGCGAACAAAACUACUGCAGUGUAUGCUGUUACGUUUGUGCAGUCAAGGAAACUGAACUGGUUUAUAACUUUUGUAAGUCCGUGCACGAUGAGUUCAUUUCUCAUACCAAGCUGACUAACUGCUGGUGUUCUUUGCCAAUAUGCAAGUGUAACUCUGUUAGUGUACUCCAUCAGGAGAAGUUGAAAUGUGCCCAUAUUACCCAUAAUUCUGUGUUUACUCAUCUGUAAAAUGUGUAUUAUAAAAGCUUCUUUUCACAUGAAAGUGUGUGAAGACCAAAAGAUCAUGCACUGGGAGAUAUUUUUUAUAUUCUAUGAUGCAUUGUAAAAAUAAACCAUUUUUCCUAAA